AUGGCGCUGGAGGAGAGCGUGCGGGUCGAGCCCCUCCUACAGAGCUUCGAGCGCCGCUUCCUGGCUGCGCGCGCGCUGCGUUCCUUCCCUUGGCAGAGCUUAGAAGAGAAGUUAAGGGAUUCGUCAGAGCCUCAACUGCUUCUGGAUAUUUUGCAGAAGACUGUGAAGCACCCCCUGUGUGUGGAGCACCCCCCAUCAGCAAAGUUCACACGCUGCUUUCUCUCAGAGCUCAUCAAGAAGCACGAGGCUGUCCACGUGGAACCCUUGGACGAGCUGUACCAGGCGUUGGCGGAGGUCUUGACCACUGAGGACUCUACCCAGUGCCACCGGAGCUAUUUGCUGCCCUCUGGAGAGCCGGUCACCCUCUCCGAGAGCACAGCCAUUGUGUCCCACGGCACUACAGGCCUGGUCACCUGGAAUGCUGCCCUCUACCUCGCUGAGUGGGCCGUGGAAAACCCGGCAGUUUUCACUGACAGGACCGUCCUGGAGCUCGGCAGUGGAGCCGGCCUCACAGGCUUGGCCAUCUGCAAGGCAUGCCGCCCCAGGGCGUACAUCUUCAGCGAUUGUCACAGCCGGGUCCUGGAGCAGCUCCGCGGGAACAUCCUUCUGAACGGCCUGUCUAUAGAGCCCGAUGCCACGACCCUUCACCAGCACCCAGAGAACACCACACUGGACUUGGAGAAGCCCACUGUGGCUGUGGCCCAGCUGGACUGGGACCUGGCCUCAGCCUCACAGCUCUCAGCCUUCCAGCCAGAUGUCAUCAUUGCAGCAGAUGUGCUAUACUGCCCAGAGACUGUCCUCUCCCUGAUCGGGGUGCUGCAGAUGCUCUCAGGGUGCCACAAGGACUCUGAGGUUCUAGACGCCUACGUGGCCUUCACCAUGCGGAACCCGGACACUUGCCAACUGUUCACAGCCGGGCUAGGCCGGGCAGGGGUCCCAUGGGAAACGGUGCCUCGCCACAACCAGAAGUUGUUUCCUUAUGACGAGCCCUCAGAGAUGGCCAUCCUGAAGCUAAGGCUCAGUACAAAUACCAAGUAUGCCUGUCCCCAGCCCGAGUACCUGCUCACACCAGCACACCUGUACAACAGCAAGGCAGCCGAGCAGGAGCCAGAUGUCAGGAGACGGCUAGAGGAGGAAGGGGGAGAGCAGCAGGCAGAGCUCAAGAACUACAGAACAAGGGAAGGAAGGAAGGAGGCCUCGGUUGUGUUCUGUAGUCUCCGCUUCCUGCCACUAGGUGGUGCUGUUUAUACAGCUGCCAAGGCGUCAGCCUGGGGGUCUCCAGGGGGGAUGGAGCCACGUUGA